AAUGCCUGGUCCAUUAUUCCUCGUUUGACAAAUCAAGAUGUUGUUGAAUUUGCUACGGAUACGAUACAUGUCCCCAGUCUUAUAUACUGUGCCGCCAUGUGUCAAAAGAAACCCAGCUGUAACACAUUCCGGUAUAACGGCCCCACUGAGGUUUGUCACUUGUACCAGGAGGAACACUGUAAGGCCGCUGGGUCUGGUAUAGGGAACAAAUUCUUUCAAUUAAUGCCACAAGGUUGCAUUUCUGGGCUGGAUGAAUGGUUCCCGGAAAUUCAGCAGUGCAUCUGGCUUUACCCAACAGCUCUGAACUAUUACGACGCUAAUACAACUUGUCAAUCAAUGUCUAAAACUCUCAUCAACAUGGAGACACCUGCAAAACUCCAGUUUGUCAAAAACUUAAUGGAUAUGAUGGGAUAUUUCUGGAUUCACUCAUAUGCACGAAAAGAAAGCGUGAACUCGUAUAGCUGGAAAUCUGGUUCUCCUAUUACUCAAAACUGGUGCCCCGGUCAGCCAGAUGGCGAUUCUCCUUGUGUAGGACUUGACAUGAAGCUAGAUGCCUGGUGUCCUAUUGGAGGUUUCGACGAUAUAAUUUGUUCAGAUACAAGACAUUUCUUCUGUGAAUAGCAAAAUAAAAUAAAUUUGUCAUAAAUUGAACUUUAUCCUCUUUGCAAAUUGUUGAAUGAAGCCAGUCGGGCUGA